CCUUGACUCCGGGCGGUGUUGCCUCUGGAAGUCGUACCCCCGGACCUGUACCCCCGAUCACAAUGGCAAACCGCGAAGUCGGAUGGAAACACUUCGCCCUCGAAGGCGUCGGCUGGCUCAAAUUCCGUACCUCAGAAUCCGAACGCGCUCGACGCGCUGCCUCAAAAGCCCGCAAAGACCUGGCGAAAGCGGAGAAGAAACGUGUGAAGGAGGAGAAAGCCAAGGAGCGGGAGGAGGAACGGAUGGUGCAGGAGGCGAGGAAAGCCAAGGAGCGGGAGGAGGAACGGAUGGUGCAGGAGGAGAAGAUGAGGGUGAUGAGGGAGGCGAGGAAGGGGAGGGAACGUGAGAAGGCGCUGAAGAAGGAGCUGAAGGGGGUGCGGGAGGAAGAUGUGAAGAUGGAGACUGAAGCUCCGGGGGUUGACGUGGUGUCUGUUACUAGCUCUAGCGAGAGUACAACUGCAUCGAGUGUCGAUGGGACUUUGCCUGUUGGGACGGGGGUGUUGCCGGUGGGGGAGGGCACGCUUCCUGUUGGGGCUGGUACGCUCUGAUAUCGCUGUCAAGUCGGAAUGGGAGACUCGUGAAGUGUUGAGUUUGGUGAUGGCAUGGU